AAAUUUCGAUAUGGGUAAGAAUAAAAAAGGAUUUAACUGGAAAGCACGCGAAGUUGUCAAAACACACAUUGACAAUACACCAACCUCAAAGAUAAAUGUCGAUAUAAAAGGUAUCCGAGGAGAUAAUUAUGAUCAGUGCAAUGCUUUGGUUAUACCCUCCCAAAAGAGAAAGACGAGAAAAAAAAGAGAGCAUGUUACAGUUACAAGGAUACUUUCAAAAAAACAGAGGAAACGACUAGAAAAAAUUGUAGAACAGAAGAAAAAGAAAGAAAAUCGUGCCAACUUACUGGAAGCCUUAUCUAAAGUACAAGCUUCACCUGAAGUUCUUAAUCAGCUGACAUCCAUUACAAAAAUACAGACAGAGGGUCUAAAACGUCACUUGUCAGAAUCUGGGAGCAGCACAAAGAAGAAUACAGAGCGGCAGAAUGUGGAAAAUGGUACUGUUUUGAACAGCAUUAGUGGCAGUGCAAAGAGGAGGCGACUUUUAGCAAGUGCUGAAGAGGAAAAGAGUGAAAUGUGUAGCAACAACCCAAAUGUUGUUGGUUUGGAAGACUCGGAUGGCAGUGAUGAUAGUGAUAGUGAGGAUGAAAGUGUUAGCAGUAGUGAAAACGAGACUGGAUACGAAGAGGCAGCUAGUAACUCUUCUUCAGGUGCUGCUGUAAAGUCAAAAGUAGAUAAUAUAUCUGUUGAAAUGGAUAAGAUGACUAAAACUGAGAAUUUAAGGGAUUGUGUGUUAAAGUCAUCAGAAAAUAGCCCCACAAAAAGUGUGACUAACAGAGUGCCACCUGUUGGUGCACCCUAUAACUGCAGUGAAAAUGUUCCUACAGUAAACAGCCAAUCUGAUAGUGGUACUGUUGUGAAGAGUGCAGAACAGACCAGAAAGAAACCAUGUCAGCCAGCUGUUUUUGUUCCUGUUCACAGAACUGCUGAAAUGCAGGAAAGUAGACUUAAGCUUCCAAUUCUAGCUGAGGAACAGGCAAUAAUGGAAGCUAUUAAUGAAAAUCCUGUGGUUGUACUCGCAGGUGAAACUGGUAGUGGAAAAACAACUCAAGUGCCUCAGUUCCUGUAUGAGGCAGGAUAUGCCAACAAUGGAAAAAUAAUAGGUGUCACGGAGCCCAGGCGUGUUGCAGCUAUUUCAAUGUCAGUUCGUGUUGCUGAGGAAAUGAAUUUAACAUCUAAAGAAGUUUCUUAUCUCAUAAGGUUUGAGGGGAACACUACCAAAGACACAAAAAUAAAGUUCAUGACUGACGGAGUUCUCCUGAAAGAAAUACAAAGUGAUUUCCUGCUAACAAAAUACUCUGUAAUCAUUCUGGAUGAAGCCCAUGAACGCAGUGUGUACACUGAUAUACUGAUUGGCCUUUUGUCUCGAAUUGUGCCUUUGAGGAACAAAAGAGGCAAUUCUCUGAAAUUGAUAAUCAUGUCAGCAACAUUACGUCUUGAGGACUUCACAGAAAAUUCUCGUCUAUUUAAAGUUCCUCCUCCAGUUAUAAAGGUAGAUUCCCGCCAGUUUCCUGUAACUGUCCAUUUUAAUAAACGAACAUGGCCUGAUUAUGUGAGAGAAGCUUACAAGAAGGCAUGUAAGAUCCACACACAACUUCCAGAAGGUGGAAUACUUGUUUUUGUGACAGGUCAGAAGGAAGUGAAGACACUGGUGCAAAAACUGAGGAAAACAUUUCCCUACCAUAAGAACAAGAAGUCUGCACUUGUUAAUGGCACCAAGGAAGAAAAGAAAACCAGAAUUUCUAAGGCAGAUGAGGAAGACGAAGAGUUAGAGUUAGAUAUGAAGCGUGCAAUUUCAAGUGUCCGUAAAAAUCGCUCAAGCAAGUCACAAACUGUUCCCUUACCUGAAAUAGAUCUCAGCAGCUACUCAGCAGUUCCUGUGGAUGAUACAGAAGGAGAUCUCUUGGCAGAAGAUGAAGGUGAUAUCGAAGAUGACGAUGACUUGGAAACUGAAUGGGAAAAGGAAGGGGAAUUCAGGCAGGUGCUGGGCGGCCAGCCAUUGUGGGUACUCCCACUAUACUCAUUACUCUCUACUCGAGAACAGUCUAAGGUAUUUGAAACUCCUCCAGAGGGAUGCCGUCUGUGUGUUGUGGCAACUAAUGUGGCAGAAACGUCUUUGACAAUACCAAACAUCAAGUAUGUGGUAGACUGUGGUCGUACCAAAACUCGUCUGUAUGAUAAAGUGACAGGUGUUUCUGCAUUUGCUGUUGUCUGGGCCAGCAAAGCUGCUGCCAAUCAGAGGGCUGGUCGUGCAGGUCGUAUGGGACCAGGACAUUGUUACCGACUGUAUUCUUCAGCAGUUUUCAAUGACCAGUUUGAGAAUUUUUCUGUGCCAGAAAUUCAACGCAAACCUGUAGACGACCUUGUAUUGCAGAUGAAAGCUAUGGGUAUUGACAAGGUUGUGAAUUUUCCAUUCCCUUCAGCACCAGAUGGAUUGCAACUGCGAGCAGCAGAGAGACGCCUGAAGCUGUUGGGGAUACUUGAAACAGUGGAUGCAAAAACUGACAAAGAAGAUAGUGAAUGGUCAUCAAAAGUAACAGAACUUGGUCGUGCUGUGGCUGUGCUGCCAUUAGCUCCACGUUUUGGCAAGAUGUUAGCACUUGGUCACCAGCAUGAUCUGUUACCUUAUGCAGUCUGUAUGGUGGCUGCCCUAUCUGUUCAGGAGCUUUUAUUAACAGAUGAACAUUCAGCGGGCUCCAAAAUUUUACAAACACGUAGAGCGUGGGCUGGCUCUGGGAACUCACUAAUGCUGGGUGAUCCUAUGGUACUCUUGCGUGCUGUUGGUGCUGCCGAGUAUGCUGCUUCUCACAGUGGUCGAGAUCUAGAGUCAUUCUGCUCUGAACAUGGACUUCGCCACAAGGCUAUGCUAGAGGUACGAAGACUUCGUGUGCAGUUAGCAUCACAGUUGCAGCUUGCUGUACCUGAACUGGAGUUAGCUGUUGAUCCAAGUAUGCCUCCGCCUUCUGAUACUCAGGCCCGCAAUCUUCGACAGCUGCUGCUUUCUGGCCUCGUGGAUCAGGUUGCUCACCGUGUGGACCUGGAUGAGAUCAAGGAUGCAGCAGAUAGACCACGAUGGAAGCAUGCUUAUAGGUGCCUAGAGAUGGAAGACCCAGUAUUCAUACAUGCACACUCAGUUCUAAAACGACAACGCCCAGAGUGGGUAGUCUAUCAGGAAGUGUAUGAAACAAAUGGAAAGUUAUACAUGCGAGGAAUUACAGCAAUAGAGCCUGAGUGGUUACCUGUGUAUGCUCCAGCCUUGUGUAACUUUUCGGAACCACAGACUGAUCCACCUCCUCACUUUUGCCAGGAAACUGGUGUAGUAAAAUGUCACAUUACAGGAACAUUUGGACGAGCAGGUUGGCAGUUACCGGUGGUGGAAUUGGAGUAUCCCACUGGAAGACAACGGUAUCAGUGGUUUGCAAGAUUCUUACUUGAGGGAGAAGUUUUCCCCAAACUGAAAAGAUUUACCAACUCUCUCCUGUCAGCACCAGCAACAAUGAAUAAGACAUGGGCAAACUUACAGCCAAGAACAGAAAUUUUGCUAAGGGUUCUUGCAUCUGAAGGAGCAGACUCGCGCAGAAAACUUCUUGAUGUGUGGAAAGACAACCCAAAGUAUUUAUUGGAAGCUUAUCAAAAAUGGCUGCCAGAAUCUGCUUAUAAUGAAGCUGCAUUGCUGUGGCCACCCAUAUAGAGAUAUAUUGUGAUGAGUGUAAAGAUAAUUGUACAUAUUUUGUAAUAUUUGUUAAAUAAAUAUUAUUUAUAUUUGUUAA